AUCAACGUCUACGCCUGCCUCGUCUGCGGGAAGUACUUCCAGGGCCGCGGGCUGAAGUCUCACGCCUACAUCCACAGCGUCCAGUUCAGCCACCAUGUCUUCCUCAACCUCCACACCCUCAAGUUUUACUGCCUCCCCGACAACUACGAGAUCAUCGACUCCUCGCUGGAGGACAUCACGUACGUGCUGAAGCCCACCUUCACCGCGCAGCAGAUCACCAACUUGGACAAGCAGGCCAAGCUCUCCCGUGCCUAUGAUGGCACCACGUACCUGCCCGGCAUCGUGGGGCUCAACAACAUCAAAGCCAACGAUUACGCCAACGCCGUCCUCCAGGCUUUAUCCAACGUGCCGCCACUGAGGAAUUAUUUUUUGGAGGAGGAGAACUAUAAGAGCAUCCAGCGUCCGCCCGGGGACAUCAUGUUCCUGCUGGUGCAGCGUUUUGGGGAGCUGAUGCGGAAACUCUGGAACCCCCGGAACUUCAAAGCGCACGUUUCGCCCCAUGAGAUGCUGCAGGCUGUGGUCCUCUGCAGCAAGAAGAACUUCCAGAUCACCAAGCAAGGGGACGGGGUGGACUUUCUCUCCUGGUUCCUGAACGCUCUACACUCGGCCCUGGGUGGCACGAAGAAGAAGAAGAAGACCAUUGUCACCGACGUUUUCCAGGGCUCUAUGCGCAUCUUCACCAAAAAACUGCCUCACCCGGAUCUGCCAGCCGAGGAGAAGGCGCAGCUCCUGCAGAACACCGAGUACCAGGAGAUGAUGGUGGAAUCCACCUUCAUGUACCUGACGUUGGACCUUCCCACCGCCCCGCUCUACAAGGACGAGAAGGAGCAGCUCAUCAUCCCCCAGGUGCCCCUCUUCAGCAUCUUGGCCAAAUUCAACGGCGCCACCGAGAAGGAGUACAAAACCUACAAGGAGAACUUUCUCAAGCGCUUCCAGCUCACCAGGCUGCCUCCCUACCUCAUCUUCUGCAUCAAGCGCUUCACCAAGAACAACUUCUUUGUCGAGAAGAACCCCACCAUCGUCAACUUCCCCAUCACGAACGUGGACCUGCGGGAGUACCUGUCGGAGGAGGUGCAGGCGGCGCACGCCAACACCACCUACGACCUCAUCGCCAACAUCGUGCACGACGGGAAACCCUCCGAGGGCUCCUACCGCAUCCACGUGCUGCACCACGUGAGUGUCACUUGUCCCUGGGGGUUGCUGAUUACGGACACUAAUUAA